AAAUAAAUUAAUAAAAAAAAAAGAAUAGUUUUUUCCUUUAUAGAACAUAUAAGUUAGGAAACUAAUAUACAAUAUUAAUAAGGGCUACCUUUAAAGAUAAUUAGAUAAAAAAUACUUAAUAGAUUGUUAGUUAUGUCCAGCUUUUAGGAAAGAUUUAAAGGCAAAACGUCAACAAUAUCAAAAGAAGGCGUGAUUCCUUCAUUAGAUAAGCCUCCAGUCUCAAAAGGUUAUAUUUAAAAAGAUCUCUCAAUCUAAUAGUAAGAUAGGUACUAAGGAAUUAAUGACUAUCCUCAAAAGGCAAAUAACUAAAACAAUUCUUCAAGAGGUAUUUAGUCAACCUCUUCUAAUCCCUCAACGAAUACUCCUAUUUCUAACUCUAACCAAGCAUCAGGAUCUAAAAAUAAUUAAUAGUAUGUAAAAGCUUAUGGGAGUGAAGGCGUAGUAUUGAAUAAAUAAUAAUAAAGCAAUUCUAAUUUUUCAACAAGAAGUGAAUAAUCAAAUAAAUCGAAAAUUUCUAUCUCCUAAAAACUGCAAUAUUAACAGCAAUAGAAUGACCCCUAUAAACAGACAAAUCCGUUUAACUUAGAUAUAAUAUAACUAAUGGCAGGAGGUGGUAAUCUUUAGCAAAAUCAAAAUUAAAACAGUAGGGACAAUAUAGGAAGCAAUAAUCAUUAAUAAUAUUUUAGCGACAACAAUAUAGGAUAGUUAAAUAAAUCUAACUAAAGAUAAAACUCUAAUAAUUUGUAAAAUUAUCAUGCUUCAUCGCACUUAAAUAUCUAAAAUAAUGGAUUGAAUGAUAUAAUUAAUAUUUCAAAUGAUGACACUAGCACUAAUUCAAAACUUAAAGGUCAAGCCAGAGGAAGUAAAUCUUCUGCUUACACAUUAGAAAAAAAUACAAAAAUUUAACCGAAUUAAGCUAAUUUGCCUAAUCAAAAUUCUUAUCACAACCCUUAUACUAACUACAAUCCAUAUACGUUAGAUGCAAUUGAAAAUAUAAAUUAAAACCCAGGGAAGAAUUAAAAGAAUAGCUCAUCACCAGAUAUAUAGAGAUAAAACAGGAUACUAAAAUAGUAAUAAAAUAAUUUGUAUAACUAGGAAUAAGAAGCAAAUGUAUACAUUUAAAGUUAUGUACCGUCUUUUGCCUAACAUCAAUCUACUGAUAAUAGUAGAUAGCAGUAGUAACAACAAAAUAUAAUUAAUAAUAACCUAAACAAUUCAAAAAAAAGCCAGUCAAUAGAAUACCCUGUUGUUCUUUAGCAAAGAGGAGGCUUAGGCGCUAAUAUUGGCACAGAUGAUUGGAAAUAAAAAAAAGAUUUGUAAGAUAAAAAAUUAGAAUACAGUAAUUAAGUAAAAUAUUUUAAUUAAUAAUAAUUAACCAAUCUUCCUCCCUCAAACUAGAGGAAGCCUAAGCAAAAAGAAGAAGAGAAAAAGAUCUCUUCAAGAGAUAAGGCAUUAGAGUUUUCUAAAAAUAUACCAAAGCCUAAGGCAAAAACAGAUAAAUAAUUUACUGAAGAAAGUAGUAAUACAAAAUAAUCAAAUAACUUCUAUAACAAUCCAAAUAGAUAUAGCAAUGAUUCUAGCCCUUCAAACUAAACAAAUACAAUAUAAAGUUAAAAUAGUAAUGGAUAUUCAACAAAACAAUAUGAGUCUGAUUUGGAAUCUCUUGAGCGUUAACAUUUAGAAUAUUUAAAUAAAAUAGAAUAGUUGAAUAUGAAUUGA